CUCUUCGCAUUUAUAUUAAGUCAGAAAGAAUGCCUAUAAAUGGAGGUAACGACAGGCUGGCUAGUACCCAAAAGCAAGUUGAUCAGGUUGUAGACAUUAUGCGACAAAAUAUGGAUAAGGUGCUUGAGAGAGAUGCCAAGCUAUCAGAACUAGAUAAUCGCGCAGAAAAUCUCCAAGCAGGUGCCUCUCAAUUUGAGACAGCUGCUGGGAAGCUGAAAAGAAAGAUGUGGUGGCAGAAUUGCAAGAUGUGGAUCAUACUUAUUGUUGUUCUUCUUGUCAUCAUUGCAAUUAUUGUCAUUAUUGUCGUUACUGAGAAAAAAAACUAAAAACUUUUUAUUGAAGAAUCGGAGUCCUACUUUCUCCCUCGUAUCAAGAUCUUACGUGUUUUUUAUGACGUAGAUAAUGUAGUAAAGUUUCAUCGAUUUAUUUAUUUUUAUAUUA